ACAGCGUUCAGUCAUGAUCAAAUCAAGUCACUUGUUGCUGGUUGUGGCCAGUCUUGUAUUUGUGAUUUGCUACCCAGAAUGUUCUGCAUCAGCUCAAUCGCUGGAACUGCAACUGGAACGAGUCGAACACAUUGGAGAAAACUUCUUAGAUUGUCGAAUUCGCGUCCGAAAAUUGAACCGCACAACGCAUAGCCUCAACGGAACGGCCACUCUGCUGAAGGAUUUGGAUACUUCUUUCGAGGUUUCCGCGUCUUUUGCGUACAGCUCGCUUGGCAAUAACCAGUUCAACGAGUAUCCGAUGAAGCUUCCUCGGAAGAAGGUGUGCCGGUAUAUGGUGGAAGAGUACACGGAAUUCCAGUAUAUUUGGGCAAAUAAGUCAAACGCGCCGCAGGUUCCCAAAGGUGCCACCGAGUUUUGUCCGUUUCCCAAGGGGGAAUACUGGGUCAAAGAUCUCACACCGGAUGCUUCCUUCAUUCCUCCGGUAGUUCCUACCGGUCUGUGGCGGAUGACCAUAGAGGUCUGGAAGCAGGACACGGUGGACGUUAAAAUUUUACUGUACUGUCGGGUUACAAAGAAUUUGUUCUGAAACCGAAAAAAAAACUUAAGCAACCAUGCGCACAUGUAUCUGUGGGAGCAGAAACAACAAGAGGGUGCGCAUGGUUGCUUAAGAUAAUUCCAUAGCAUUAAUACCUGAAAUUAACAAUAUUAAUUAUUGGCAGGGAAUUCACAAAAAUACAAAUAUGUCGAUUGGAGCGUGUUCUGGUAGCCCAAAG